UCGUCAGUGCGGACGCGUUUCUUUACGUUCUGUGUCAUAGCUGUUUCAACGGAAUGUGGAAAGUAGCGAUGUCGGAGGAAGUUGCCAAGGCUUUGCAGUCGGUAGUGGAACGGGUGAACCAGGCGGCGGCCCGGCGGCCUAAGACACUACCAGCUGUACCACCCCGCCUUGUAGCUGUCAGCAAGACAAAACCCCCAGAGAUGGUUGUAGAGGCCUACAAGCAAGGGCAGCGGAACUUUGGGGAAAAUUAUGUUAAUGAACUUGUUGACAAAGCUUCAGAUCCUCUGAUUUUAGAAUUGUGUCCAGAAAUCAAGUGGCAUUUUAUCGGCCAUCUACAGAAGAAUAACGUCAACAAACUUUUGGGAGUCCAGAAUCUCUUCCUUGUGGAGACAAUAGACUCUGCAAAACUGGCUGACAGGGUCAACAGCUCGUGGCAGCGCAUCAGAGGAGCCAGCACACAGAGGUUAAAGGUCAUGGUUCAGGUCAACACCAGCGGAGAACAGAGCAAACAUGGCUUGCCACCAGAGGACACGGUCAACACGGUGAAGCACAUAGUGACACAGUGUCCCGCCCUGCACUUCUUAGGACUCAUGACCAUUGGGCGCUACGGCUAUGACCUCACUCUGGGGCCCAACCCAGACUUCCAGAUGCUGCUGAGUCGGAGACAGGAGGUGUGUGACAGUCUGAAGCUGCCUACGGAGGACGUAGAGCUGAGUAUGGGUAUGUCCACCGAUUUUGAACAUGCGAUUGAGGUGGGUUCCACCAAUGUGCGAGUGGGUAGUAUCAUAUUCGGCAACAGGGAGUAUCCCAACAGUGCAUUGAACACUCCUAAUCCCAGUCCCGGUCCCAGUCCAGUUCCCAGUCCCGAGAAAACAUCUAAGAUGGUGUCAGAAGAUGCCGCCAAGAAGAUGCAGCACCUCACCGUGUCUGAACGCUAAGAAAGAGCCUCUCCUUCUUUGAAAUACCUUUAAUUAAAAAAGCAAAACAAAAAACAAAAGAGCUCUGCUCUUCACAUGCAGAACGAACAGAGCGGUGAAGCAGAUCUUUUCCACACAGCCUUGUGGAGCUAGGAUUGAGGAAUCCUGCAUUAAUUGUAAAUUGUAUUUGCCUAAUCCUAACUUUUUGUGUGCCCUUGUUGCAGUUUAAGCAUUAAAGUGGCAUUUGGCACAGAGCUAGAAAACCUUUUUAACGUUGUUUAACAAGUGUUAUUAACUUUUAGUGCCCUGACUUGCUCCUCAUGGAAAACCUUUUAGUCAAGAUAACUGGAUACAAGACAAACUACUGAAAACACAACGACUUCAGUGUUUUUGCGUGAGGUUUCUUUGGAUUCUUGUGAUGGUGUGUGAUAUUUUCUACUUUUCCACUCAAACACAUGACGGUGCUGAAAUGUGUCUCCCACAGAUCAGGACCUCUACACAGCACAGUGUACCACUUUUGUUGAACAUAUGAAACAAAGACCUGAUUUAACAAAUAAAUCAUUUAUCCCUUUAUAAUGACACAUUGUAUUGUGUGUUUGAUAUUGUUCUGUUUGGUGUGCCAAAGGUGACAAAACUCUAUUCUUGAUAUUAAUAAACCUGAGCGUAAACCGAGGAAGUGUUUCUGUGUAGCAGUCUCGUGUCCGUGCUGUGGUGCUUUGUUGGAGGUGAGUGUGAGGGUUAACCUAUGCAAAGGUUUUCACACUGCAGCUCUGAUGGUGUAGCAGUGGUUUAUUUACCGGUAUCACAAGAUCUGUGUGUGUCUUUUGUUUUUGUUUUUUUCUGUCAACAUGGGGAGAAAAAAGGUCAGUUUGUGAUUUAAUGUGUGGUUACUGUCCUACCGAGGCAUUUCAGCAUUGUUUGGUUUGGAAUCUGGCACACAGGGAAGCCGAAGCCAAGCAAUAAAUUUUAUUGUUGAAACGAUGA